CAUGAGCUCCUCACUGCCCACCCUGCUGGCGCUGCUGGUGCUGCUGGUCGGCCCCGGGGCUGUGUGCACGCUGCGCUCACCACGCUCAGUGCUGCUGAUGGAGAGCAUCCGGAUAGUGAAGGACAUGCAGAAAGAGGUUUCCUGUGACAAGAUGAAUGUGACAGAUAUCUUUGCAGGCAAUAAGACAAAUAACAGAACCCAGCUCUUAUGCGAAGCCACCGCAAUUGUUUGGGAGAACCAGCACUGCCACAAGAACCUGCAGGGCCUCUUCCUCAACUUGUGUCAGCUCAUGAAUGCCAGCAGCACAUCCCCCAAGGCACCGUGUCCUGUGGCAGCAGGCAACACUACUUCAAUGAAGAAGUUCCUAGGGCACCUACACAGAUUCCUCCAACAACUAGUAAAAGAGAAGUUAUUGUUUACUUUGUAA